UGCUGCCGACGAGGCCUCCCACCCAUCUCCCACCUGCUACACCAGCGGCCGCGGCCAUUGCCCAUCCAACCGAGCCUGCUCCUUCAACCAGCUCUUUGUGGUUGCGAUUUUAAUCAGCACUGGGUGGCCAACAAACAACAUUCCGUGACAUUUCCCGCAGGAGCAGAACGGGAUCGUCGCCUCUUACGUGCCCUGCCUUCGAUUUCUUUCACCGAUAAUGUGACAUCGAGGCACAGGGGCUGACUGUCCUGCUCAAGAGCGCGCCCGCCCGUCUUACUGCAGCACCUGCGAUGGCGGGCCGCAGAAAAUCAUCAGCCCUCAACGAGGCGCACGCGAACUCUGUGCAAAACAAUCCCUUUUCUAAUGAUGAGUACCACAACAGUGCUGACGAUAGUGAUGAAGACGUGAUCACUGACUACCUUGCAAUCACGGGCGCCUCAACGAGCUGUGACGGAGCCAUGGCUCACCAGACCUCAGGGCCGCUGGUGCCAAUCAUCAGCGUCACCCCACACUCUCCCGCAUCAAUGCAAUACCCUGUACUAGAUGACAAUAUUUACCAGCUGCACGCAAUUCAUGAGUGCAUUCAACAAAUGCGCGAGACAUCAGCGCAGGCCUUCAACCAGCAGAUGCUGCAGCUGAACCAGUACUCGCGAUUGAGUGUGUCGUGCCCAACUUUGAACGAUGGAACUGCGGAGGCCGACUUUACAACAUCGGUCAGUUCGUCUCCAACCCAGCAGGAGUCGGGCAGCCAGUUUGGCAGUGCACAUAAUACUCCACAAGGAUUACCUUCAUCUACCUUUAGAGUUAAUUUAGAGGAAAUUUUUACAAAGAGGAAUGGAGAAGAGCCCAAAAGGAGAAGGAGCUGGACAUCACUGAGUGAUGUUAACUUUAACAAAAAGAAAAUGGAAACUGAAAGGCAAAGGAGUAGUAUUAGUCUGAGCAGCAUGGACUCGGACCAGGAUGACCCGUUCUCAGAUCAACCGGAAGUAGAGGCUACAAACAGCACAAUGUAUUUGGUCAACAACAACAAUGGCACCAAACUUAUCAGGCCGACUGCAAACGCAAAAAAUCGACGCGCCAGUGGCACCUUGAGUCCUGUGAACUGCAACCUGUGGAAUCUUGGUGGCGCCUCCACUCACUCCCUUAAUGAGGAGGAUCUUCUCAAUGACUUCAACAAAAUUGUUGCUUCAAGAGAAGCAGAGAGGUUGUUGCCAGCCAGACUUCCACUGCAGAAAUCAGUUUCAACACCAUCAAUAAUUGCUGUCAGAGAUGUUGCAAAUGAAAAUGCAGCAGCUGCUACUGCAGAUGAAAAAACUGAGCCUCUGCAUGCUUCCAUUCUGAAUCCUACUGAUAAGCAUGAUAGUGGAGGAGUACAAAGGCCUAGCGGUACUGAGAGUGAAACAGAGGAGGACGUGCCGGGUGAUAUUAUAAUGGAUAUUGGGAGCAACAAAUUGUUUCCAUAUCCACUCAAACCUUCAACUUUUGAACUUCACGAAGGGAAGCAAAGAAAAAGAGGAAGCAUAUUCUUCAGAAAGAAAAAGGACAAGUCGAAAAAAACUGUGCAUCAAUGGGUGGCCGUUUCAUAUGGAUCACCACAUGGCUGUGACUGGUGCUCAAAAGUACUUACCAACAAACCAGCACUAUAUUGUGAAAGCUGUGCUGUGACAGUGCACCAAAAUUCAUGCAUGGACCAGAUUGGAGAAUGUACCAAGACCAAAACCACAAAAAGCAACCUUGCAAAGGUAGCCGGCGGUUUAGGUAGUCAUCUUCCAGGCACCAAGAUGCAAGGCAAGCGAAGCGUAGGCUCAACCCCACCACAAAACACCAACAGCCAAAUUAUUAAUGAGGAAAAGGAAGCAGACCACUUUCACAGACAUCAUCACGGACACCAUGAUAAUUUUUCUGAUGAGGCUCAGCUUCUUCACUUUGAGUUUUUAGAUGAAAGCCCAAUUACUGCGCAAGACUUAGAGACGGACCCAUUUCUUGGACUUCAUGAAGAUGAGCCUGACUCAUGGACACCGACUGUUGGGAAGGAGGUGACUAGGAAACUCAAAGAUAAGGAGAUUAAGAGACAGGAACACAUCUACGAGUUCAUCCUGACUGAAAAAACACACUGUUUGACUCUUCGAGUUAUGCAAAAGGUGUUUGUGGAGGGCCUGCAAAAGUAUUUCCAACUGGGCAACCUUGUCGACAGAAUGUUUCCACGUCUGCAAGAUUUAACAGAAAUCCACCUUUCCUUCCUCUACAAAUUGCGUGAAAGACAAAAGUCGAGCACUCCUGUCAUCGAGUCUAUUGCCGACAUUGUACUUGAACAGUUUUCAGGCGAGGAAGCUGCAAAGCUUAAAUCGGCUUACGGCGAGUUCUGCAGCAGGCAUAGAGACGCGGUUGACUUGUACAAGGACUGCCUGCACCAGGAUCAGCGAUUCGGAGAGUUUGUCAAGCAUUGCCAGACCAACCCAUUGUUAAAGAAGAAGGGGAUCCCUGAGUGUGUUCUUUUUGUCACACAAAGACUUACCAAGUACCCUCUUCUUAUUGAACCACUCAUCAAGACUGCCAAAGACAAUAAGCCUGAGCAAGAGAAGCUCUCUAGGGCACUAGCCUUGGUCAAAGAAAUACUAGUUGAAGUUGAUGCACAAGUAGCAGAAAAGGAGAAGGAAGACAGGAAGCUGGAGAUUUACAACAGGAUUGAUGCUAAAUCUUUUACAACUUAUAGAGGAAGCCAAAAAUUCAAAAAAUCGGACAUUCUCUCAGCAAACAGAAAAUUAAAGUUUGAAGGUUAUGCAACGCUGAUGCAAGGGAGGAACAAGAUGCAACUCGUGCUGGUUAUUGUUCUCUCUGAUGUCUUGUUCUUCCUGCUCGACAACAACAACAAGUACACAUUCUUCACGCCGGACAACAAGGCUGGCGUUGUCUCUCUGCAAAAACUACUGGUCCGUGAAAAGGCAGGCCAGGAGUCUCGAGGCAUUUAUUUGAUCUCAUCAAACCCUAACGACCCAGAAAUGUUUGAGCUAAAAGUGAUUAAGCCCAAAGAAAAGCUGGCAUGGAUCAACGCAAUCCGGCUAGCUGUCCAGCAGUGUCCGGAGGAGGACGAGGAGAAACCUGCACUUAGCAAUGAGGAGAAGCAAAAGCUGCUCCACACAAAACAAAUGCAGAUCCAGCAAAUUGUCGACAUCUGUAUAGGAUUUGAAGGCGUCCUGAGGCAGAAGGAUUUGGAACAAGCGCUUAUUCUUGAGGAAAAGAUGGCCUUGCAGUUGAAACUGUUGGCCGCUUCGGGUUUGGAAAACUUGCCCGAGCCUCCGACGUACAGUCAUAUCGUUGCAGAAGAUGCAGACACCAAUGCUUUAUGGAAAGAAGUGUUGACUGCUUUCCACGAGGUUAACCAAUUGGCAAGCACCCUGUAUGCGUCGGGCACCAACCUUUCUCGCAGCGUAAGCUCUGUGGGUGAGCACCAGAGCGAAGCUUACAUCUCGCCCACACUACCAAAACGGGCAGAAACAUUUGGAGGAUUUGACAAUGCCAACAAAGAGCAGUUGCAAGCAUUUUUAAAUAAGGCGUUUGGUAAAAAACAAAAUCAAAAAGAUCAGUACGAUGGAAGUUCAGCCUCCAUUCCGGAAGGAAAAGUUGCUCCUCAAGGACAAAAAACCCCAACUGAACGAAUGUUGUGGAAGAAUUUUCAUCUCUCGCCUGUCACGCCUGGGCUGACAAAUGCAAACCAACUACCAAGUGACGGUGUUUGUGAGAUGCCCCAACUGAUGCCUUUGAGUCAGGAGCAGCAAAUGGCUGCAGUCAGACUGUCCCAUUACCUGUACACACUUUUGAGCAUAAUUUCACAUCAAAUGACCACCAUAGAUAGCAUGCAAGCCAGCCUUUCAGCUUUCAAGCACACUCAGGAGGACAAAAAGCCUGUCUACAGACACAACCAGCAACUGGAGGAGUUGCGGAAUCUGCAGGACAAACUGACCCAAGAGCGAGAAGCGUGGAGUCGGGUCAAGGAGGCCGAAGAACGGGACCUGGAGGAGAGGCGGUCAGAGCUUACUAAACUGCAAGACCGACUCAACUCAGAACAAACCGACAUCAUACAACAGAGAGAAACUCUGCACCGCCGGCUGGAAAUGCUCACUAGCCAAGGCAUCCUUAUUAGCCCCAAUAUGCCUAUGGUUAUUGCAGCCAACUCUGAAGAACCAGAGUCACCUGGAAAUGCUUCAAAUCUUUCAAACGCCAGUACAGCUGCAGCUUCAACCCCUUCACCCCCUGCUGAGUCGAGGAGGAAAUUCGACAUCAAGUGGAAAUCGCAGUCGCAGGCACCAAGCAAUGGGAGCAAAAGCAACUUGCCGCUGAAUCUGAUUAGCGCCACCAAUAUGCAGAAGUCUGGACAGGGCAUGCAGGUCAAACAGCAGUUGCCGUUAAAACUGGCAAAAUUGGGUGGCAGCUCAAGUUCGAGCAGCACCUCUUUGCCCGCUCAUGGGCGUGAUGGAGUCCAGCAGAUGUUGCCCAUGAAGCUCAGUCAGGCCGAUGCAAAGCAGCCGACAACUUCGCCAGGGGGCUACCACAGGCUCAGCUCAAACAGCUUUGGCCCUGCCUCGGCAAGCCCCAAGGAGGCAGCCUCACAUUCUUCCAAUGCACCCACGCACGUCCGAACGGGCAGCAGUCCGGCGAUGAUGCAGGCGCACCAACCCGGCGUGCCAUCAGUGGCAGGCAGCACCUUGCCGUGGUCAAAUGCAGACAAGAACCCUACGCUACCAGCCAACUCGAAAACUACUCAAAAGUCUAAUGAAGAGGAGGUGAUUUACUUUUGAAUCUUCCAGCAGAUUUUGUCACUCACACAGGCCUAAUGUUUGUUCGUGGCUUUUAAUCUUAAUGUUAUUUUGCAAUUAUUAUACAAUCGUACACUAUUGUUUUGGUACACAUUCCAGUCUCUUUUGACAUUAUUCAAUAAUAUUUAUUUAAAAGUAUCUCUUCAAAUAGGAAGAACAUGUCUGUCUUAAUGAAAAAGAUUUUUAUACAUCUUCCUUGCAAUAAAAAAACCAUGCUCGUAGAAAUUCCUAUUGAAAGGCUAAAAGUGUAAUUUUAAUUAAAUGCAUAUAUAGAAAAUCUUGCAAUAAACGUGGAAAUGAAGCGAAAUGCAUAUGAGAUGGAUAAUAAUUAUGUACUUAAAUGACUCAAAUUAUGUUAUUGACAAUUCUUAAAGGCCAUCUCUUUCUCAAUACCAGCAUAUUCCGUUCAAAGUAAAUAGUGUUAGGUGUAACCUCACUGGAAAAGCGUAGGCAAAUAAGAAUUGUACAAUCUUUCCAUUUGAGUUGAUUAUAAUUAGAUGUACCAAGAUGUGCUACAUUUUGUCCACUGUUUUCAAACCACUUAAUUUACGAUUAUUUAAUUUAUAUUUUCCCUCAACACACUAAUAAUUAUGUAAUAAAAUCCAAUAAAAAUUACAAUUAUGGAGAUAU